AUGGUCUUCCAUCCUCCUCCCGCAGCCAAACUUCCCUUUGAUCCCCCGGACUCAGUAGCAAUCCCCGAUUUCUUCUACAGCGAGGACUACGCCCGCAAACCCUUCUCCCGCUCUAGAAACCCCUACACAUGUGGUAUCUCUGGCAAGACUUACUCCAACGAUGAGGUCCUGAAGCGCCAGCAUCUUCUUGCGCGCGCUCUAGGCAAGCGCCUUGGCUACAAUGCUGCUGAGGGCACGGAAUGGGAUAGGGUCGUGGCGCUGUACUCAGUCAACACGAUUGACUAUAUUACCAUGACCCACGCCGUUCACCGUCUCAAUGGUAUAGUCACACCCGCCAGCGCCGCAUACUCUGCGCCUGAACUCGAGCAUCAGCUUCGCUCAUCCAACGCCAACGCUUUAUUCACAUGUGUUCCUCUUCUCGAGACCGCCCUCACCGCCGCCAAAGCCGUCGGCAUCCCCGAGGAUCGCAUCUUUCUACUCCCAGUUCCUGGCGCUGAAGCCAAGCCGCCGUUCAAGACAAUUGAUGACUUGAUCGCGGAGGGUAACGAUGCGCCUGAGCUUAAGCCGUUGAAUUGGAUCAAGGGUCAGGGUGAGAGGCAGGUCGCCUAUCUAUGUUAUUCCAGUGGUACCUCUGGUCUACCUAAAGCCGUUCAGAUCACCCAUCGCAACGUCAUCGCAAACGUUAUGCAAAUGGUAGUCCAAGACCACGAAGGCCGCAAGGCAGCAGGUGUAGAUACCCAAGUCCAGCUUGGUCUCUUACCUCUCAGCCAUAUCUAUGGUUUGGUUCCUGUCGCUCACUCCGGCAUCUACAACGGCGACGAAACAGUCAUUCUCCCCCGUUUCGAGCUUAAAUCCCUCCUCUCAGCCGUUCAGCGCUUCAAGAUCCAGCAAAUGGCUCUCGUUCCUCCCAUUUUCAUCCAGAUGUUGAGCAACCAGGCUGAAUGCGCAAAAUACGACCUCAGCACCGUCCGUUUCAUAUUUAGUGGUGCUGCACCGCUAGGUCAAGAGACAAUCGCCCACUUGAACCAAGUCUGGCCCAGCUGGCGUAUUUGCCAAGGUUACGGUCUUACUGAAACAUCUCCCGUGGUCACUUCAACAAGUGAACUCGACAUUGAUCCCGGUUCUUCGGGAACACUCCUUGCUGGUCUGAAAGCAAAACUCAUCGACGUCGAAGGAAAGGAAGUCACCGAAUACAGCACCCCUGGAGAGCUUUACGUCCAAGGUCCUACUGUUGUCCUCGGGUACCUUAACAAUGUAAAGGCCACAGCAGAGACGUUCGUUCAUCAUAGUGACGGUCGCUGGAUGCGAACAGGUGAUGAGGUCAUUGUUCGGAAAUCACCCAAGGGCGUCGAGCACUUUGUCAUUGUGGACCGAAUCAAGGAACUUAUCAAAGUCAAGGGCCAUCAAGUCGCUCCAGCAGAGCUUGAAGCUCAUCUCCUUAGCCAUCCCUUCGUUGACGACUGCGCCGUGAUCCAAGUCCCCGAUGCCCGCGCUGGCGAAGUCCCCAAGGCUUUUGUCGUCAAAGCACCCCAGGCAAAGGGCAAGUCUGAUGAUGAGGUGGCGCAGAGCAUCAACAAGCAUGUCGAGGAGCACAAGGCGCGGCACAAGUGGCUCAAGGGCGGCAUUGAGUUUAUCGAUAUCAUCCCCAAGAGCCCUAGUGGUAAGAUAUUGAGACGUCUGUUGAGAGAUCGUGAGAGGCAAGCCAGAAAGGAGAAGGGGGCUAAGUUGUAA